GAACGUUGUCACGUUGCGGCAGACCGGCGUGUUUUUGAUUUGUUUUUCUUUUCCUUACCGCGUGCGUUUUGCGCUGGGAAAAAGUGAAUUUAAAACAAAGAUUUUAUUCAACAUGACCAUAAAGCUGGACAAGAAGGCACAAAAACGCGAGAUGCCACAAAAUAUAGCCAAAGGUGGCAAGAAGCAGAAAAUAAAUACGACGGUCGCUACAGGAGUUAAACAUGCGGUAAAUGGUGAUACGCCCGUGCCUGCCAAGAAACAGAAAUUUAAUAAAAAGCAGUCAAAAACCGAAGAAGACGGCAAUAAUUCUAAAUCUGAGCCCGCCACCGAGCCUGUGGUGGAACCCAGCAAAAACAAGAAGGAAAAGAUCCAUUCAAAUAAUGCGGUCAAUGGCGAUGUGCCCGUGCCUGCCAAGAAACAAAAAUUGAAUAAAAAACAGCCAGAAACCGAUAAAGGCAGUAAUAAUGCUGAAUCUGCAGACGAGUCUGGGGUGGUACUCAGCAAAAGCAAGAAGGAAACAGCCAAAAUUGUUGCCAAUGGUGAUGUUGCGGUGCCUGUCAAGAAACAAAAAUUAAAUAAAAAGCACUUAAAAACCGCUGAAGGCGACAAUAAUAUUAAAGCUGAGCCUGGAGUCGAAUCUAAAUCGUUGACAGCCAACUUGAACAAAAACGUUUUUGGCAUCUUCAAGAAGCUUCACAACAAACAGCAUAGCCAGAAACAUAUCAACGAGUUGAUCAGUUUGCUGAAAUCCGAAAUGGACGUAGACAAGCGCAAUGCAACCUGCGCAUAUACGCUAAAACGUUUGGUGCGCGGCACCGGCGCCGAUGAUAAACAGGUCGUGGCAAUCAAUGCGAGCUGCAUAAAUGCUAUUCUGCGCACAGUGCCCGAUAUUGAUCUGCUCGAGCUGCUAAAGAAUAUGAAGCGGGAUUUGCCAGUGGCUGCACAACUGAAGAAAAAGGAGGAAUCUUUGGCUGCUGUGGGUCAGUUGAUAACGGUCUAUAGCAUUAUGCAGACGCAGCAUUUUGAAAAUGCUACGCCAGAGCUACUUGCAGAAAUCUACCAGAUCCUCAUAGGUCAGCUUAAGAGUCGUGAGUAUUUGAGCAGCAUGUCGGCAAGUUUCAUAGCAGAUUCGUUUAAAAAGGUAAAUGCAAAAACCUUUAAAGGGCAUGUCUGGCCAUUAUUAGAGUCAACGCUGUCGAAGGCUUCUAGCGCAAAGCAGUUGCAUGCAUGCAAUUUGCUGCUCGCCGUGCAUAACAACUAUCCAAAGGUGCUGGCGCGUUCUCAGCUGCAAACCAUGCUUUGUGGCAAUCGGUCAGAGCCGCAAUAUGCAGAACUCUUUGCCUUGUAUUUGAAUAGUACUUCCAUAAGUCAAACUGAAGGCGCAGAGGAGCGUUUAGCCAAAUUUCUGGUGGCCGAUAGCAAGUUGCUGGCCGCUUGGCAGCAAUUUGUAGAUGCAACGCCACUGAAACACAAUACUGCCAAAAUUUGCGUCAUUAAAGUUAUCAGCUAUGUGCUGCUCAACUAUCAGGAGAGUACUGAGAAGGAUGAACAACUACUGGCGUUGUUUAGCAUACCCUUUGUAGAGUUUUUGAUGGCCGAGCUCCUGGUGGCCAAACAGAAAAACAAAUCAGCGAAACCUUCUCAGUUGCAGUUGCGCUCCACAUGUCGCAUCUUCGAGGCGUCUCUGCUUCUGAGCUUUGAGAAAGUGCUCAAAAAAGAUGCCAUCAAGCUGGGCUUAUUAAACCGACUCCUGCAGGUAAAGCUGCAGUUGGACACAAUAAUGCACACGCCGCGCUUCACACAACAGUUGCUAAAUCAUCUGGAGGUGCCGAGCCUGAAGCACAUAUAUAAUUUGUACAAAGAAAAACUUAUUUGUCCCGACGAGGAAUCGACAACCAAGCCCAUGCGAGAGUAUUGUCUCAAUCAAAUGCAGUUUAUAAUGCAGCACAUCAAGUUCGAAUCUAAGGAGGACAACAAAUGGCGCAAAGAACAGCUUAAGUUCUUAAUGUUUGCGGGCCUCUUUCAUCUGGAUGAAAAGCAGCAGCCUUGCGAACCGAAGGCAGCCGCUGCGUUCAGCAAGCAAACGGCAGCUCGUUGCGAGGAGGUGUUCUUUUCAUGCAUACUCCACAAGUGCAAUGACAUGAAGUCAUUGUGCAAAGUAUUGCGCACUCAUGUAAAAACGCUGGACAACCAGCUAAAGGUUGAGGGGACUGAGCAAAUGUUGCGCGAGCCACGCAGUGAGGAGGCGCAAAGCGCCUGGUCGCAUGUCCAGCAGACCCUGCUGGCAACCACUAAAGAGGACGAUACACUGGACUUGGCCUACGAUGCAUUAAUUCUGUUUUUGGGUUUGGCGCUCUGUACACGUAACAAUAUUCCUGUUGCCCUAUUGUCCGAUUUCGUCAUUUGCAAGCAACGAGCUCACGACGAACUCUCUGGCAAGCCCAACGCAAAUCCGGAGGAUCCGUCGUGGAAGGAGGUUCUAACGGAUUCGUUGCUGCAGCUGUUACUGCAAACUGGCCACUUCUGGCGUGACUUUGUGAAUGCUCUUUUUACGACAAUGGUGCCGUAUUUGGAGAAAGAUAACUUGGGGCAGAUGUUGCAGAUAUUGGAUAUGAGCAAGAAUCCUCUGAGAGGGGAAGGGGAAGAUGAAGCAGACAGUGAGCUGGAAGAUGGGCAGGACGACGAUGAUGAUGGACACAGCAGCAACAGUGAGUCGGGUUCAGAUAGCGAAGAAGAGGAAGACGAUAACGAUGAUGAGGAAAUGGAUGACGAAGAUACACGUCUCGCACAAAUACGGGAAAAUGUGCGUGCGGCGCUGGUAGAUGAUGGUGAUGAUGCCAGCUCCGUGGAUUGGAACGAUGUGGACGAUGAGCAGGGCGACCGUUUGAAUGCUGCACUGGAGCGUGCUUUUGUAGCCUUCAAACCAAAUUCAGGGAAAUCGAAGAAGCAGCUUCCAACGAAAUCUGAGCGCAUUAGCAGCACCGCACUGUUACACUUUCGCAUACGCGUCCUUGACCUUGUUGAGCUGUUUGUAGUUAAGAAGCCGCAAAUGGAUGUGAUUCUCGAUGCCCUCUGUAGUGUCUAUCAGGUCCACAAGCUGACAAAUGCAGACAAAAAGUUAAAGCCGUUGCACGAGGCGAGCACCAAACUGUUGCGAAAACUGCUCACACAGAACAUUGUUCAGCAGCCAAAGAAAAAAGCAAACAAACAGGCCCUUAUAGAUUGCAUUGAACAUUUUAUGGCGCCUUCCGAAGAGCAGCAGCUAACCAAUUCUGGAGCACAGCCGGUCAAGCCCUCAGCUGACACGACGCUGUGGCGCAAUAAGUGCGUCGCCUAUCUGGUGGCACAAUACGAGGGCGGAAGCGAUGACAAGAACAUCUGGUCGCUGCUCGACGAUUAUUUACGCGACUGGUUGGCCAAACGUAACAGCGCCCACUCACUCGGUAGCUACGAAGCGUUGCUACAAACCCAAUGGCCAGGCAGGGCAAAGCUUGCUGCUACUUUGGCAGAACACCUCCAACUGGAGCGGACCCGCGCUUUCCGGCGCGUUCAAAUACUUAGCGUGCUCGUCAAGCAGUCUCGACAAAUUCAGGCAGCUUUGGCCGGAAACGAGCAAAUUGCAAGGCAGUUUAAGCGCAGCAUUCAAGACUUUGCAGAGCAGGUUUUGGCCUCCGAGAAGGACAAAGUAGCGCCCAAGGAACGCCAGCUUUUGGCCAAGCUUCUUGGCCAGCAAAGCGGCAAAGAGUUGGCGGCGUUGCAACAACGCUUGCAAGGCAGCAAAAUUAAACAGAAGGAGGAAUCAGUUGAAGCCUAAAUCCUGUAUAUAUAUAAUGCAUACUAUUUGAUGAACUGGCUACAUUAUUUUUGCUUACAAUAUUCAUAAGUUGUUUAUUUUAAUACAAAAUAAA